CUCUCGGAGCCGGGGACCAGACUUUGUCCUUCCUGCGGGAGGAGGAGCCACGCAACUCGUGGUCUCAGCCUGGGCAGCGAUGGCGGCGGUGCUGAUCCGGGAGGCCACGGAGGGAGACUGUGGGGAAAUCAUGAAGAUGAUACGGGAAUUAGCAGAGUUUGAGAAACUUUUAGAUCAAGUGAAGAUCAGCGAAGGAGCCCUGAAAACUGAUGGCUUUAGUGAAAAUCCUUUUUAUCACUGUCUGGUGGCUGAGAUUCCUCCAGAGCACAGGGUUCCGGAGGGUCCCACUGUGGUGGCCUAUGGCCUCUACUAUUUCAUCUACAGCACGUGGACAGGACGAAACGUGUACCUGGAGGAUAUCUAUGUGAUGCCAAAAUAUCGGGGUCAGGGAAUUGGUUCCAAGAUUAUCAAGAAAGUGGCUGAGAUUGCCCUAGAUAGAGGCUGCUCCCAGUUCCGUCUAGCUGUCCUCGACUGGAACAAAAGUGCCAUGGAUUUCUACAAGACCAGGGGGGCCAAAGAUCUCACUGUAGCAGAAGGCUGGCGUUUCUUUCGAUUUGAUGAUGAGGCAAUGACAGAGCUGGCGAGGAAGUGAGAUGGAGUAUCUGAGUCCUUUAGAAUCCAGGCUUUUCCUUUGGAUUUCCUUUUCUCUUCAGGUACAUUGGAGUCCUAUUCCUGUGGUCACCUACUUCAAGGGAGGGAAAAAUAGUUGGGAGUUUAAAAUGUCCUACAGUAAUAAUAAAAAAAUAUAUCACAAAAGGAGGUGUAUCUCCCUCCCCUUAACAAUA